AGUUCUGCUUCACUUUUUGGUUGGCUGUCUCUUCUGCGAAUAUAUUUAUUUAUUAUUCUGUUUAAUAGUUCUUUAGUUAAUUAACUUAGUAGUUUUUAAUUUUUAAUAGUUAAAAUGGUUCUUGAUUUGGAUUUGUUUCGAGAAGAUAAAGGUGGUGACCCUGAGCGAGUCCGUGCAAAUGCUCGUGCAAGAUUUGUAGACGUGUCCACAAUUGACACAGUCAUAUCCAUAGAUAGUCAAUGGAGAAAAGCUCGGCACACCCUGGACCGGCUAAAUAAAGCAAAAAACUCUAUCUCUAAAGAAUAUGGUAAUGUGAUUAAAAAAUUAAAAGCAGCUGGAAGUCCAGUUAAUGAAAAUGAUGAGAAAGUAGACGAAGACUCUCUUGACUUAUCUAUCUUGUUGGACAGGAUUAAUGAGCUUGGCGGUGGUAAAGAUGAAUCUUUAGCUACAUUGAAAUUUUACCGGUCCGAGGUUGAAAAACAGAUUAUCAAGGUGAAUGAAGACCUGGAACGCUUUGAAAAUGAAAGAAAUGAAGUUCUUCGUGAGAUUGGUAAUCUUCUUCACCCUGAAGUUCCUAUUUCUGACAAUGAGGAUGAAAAUCAAAUAAUCAGAACUUGGGGCAAUGUUGAACUUGGCAAAAAACCAACGGAAGGAAGUGGCGGGGAAGGUGACUCUCCAAGCUUCCAAUUUCUUAACCAUGUUGAUUUGAUUGGUAUGAUCAAAGGUAUGGAUGCUGAAAGGGGCUCAGCAAUCGCUGGAUCUCGUAGUUAUUUCCUAAUUGGACCUGCCUUCUGGUUACAACGUGCUUUAAUAGACUAUUCGUUGCAUUUCAUUUCCGAGAGAAAUUACGAACCUAUCUACACUCCAUUUUGGAUGAAGAAAUCACUCAUGGGACAGGUUGCUCAAUUGAGUCAAUUUGACGAAGAACUUUACAAAGUUAUUUCAUCAAAGGGAGCUGCAGUUGAAGAUAGUGAAGAUAAAUAUCUAAUUGCUACAGCAGAACAGCCCAUAGCUGCCCUUCAUAGAGGCGAAUGGCUCAACCCAUCUGUACUUCCUCUUCAAUAUGCUGGUUUAUCUACUUGUUUCAGACAAGAAGUAGGCUCCCAUGGUAGAGAUACUAGAGGAAUUUUCCGUGUCCAUCAAUUUGAAAAGAUUGAACAAUUUGUCAUCUCGGCACCAUCUAAAUCAUGGACCUGUUUCCAUGAAAUGAUCUCUAAUGCUGAACAAUUUUAUCAAUCACUCGGCAUUCCUUACAGAGUGGUCAGCAUCGUUUCAGGUGCCCUUAACAAUGCAGCCGCCAUGAAAUAUGAUUUAGAAGCCUGGUUUCCUGGUUCUGGUGCAUUCAGAGAACUUGUUUCUGUUUCUAAUUGUACUGAUUAUCAGUCACGUCGUCUUCAAAUCAGGUAUGGUCAAACCAAAAAAAUGACUGGCCAAGUUGAAUAUGUUCAUAUGUUGAAUGGUACAUUAUGUGCUAUUACAAGAACUAUUUGUGCUAUACUUGAGGUUCAUCAAACUGCUGAAGGUAUCAAAGUUCCAGAACCUCUUAGACCUUAUAUGCCUGCCAAAUAUAAGGAGUUUAUACCUUUUGUAACUCAAGUUAAAGAACCUGUUAAAGAAUAGAAAAAUAAAAUUGUCAUCUCAUCAUAUUCUACAUUUAGUAAAAUGAAAACAAAUCAACAGCGAAACGUGAUUUUACGAGCAACAAAUUGAUAACUAUUAUAAUAAUAAUGAUAUUAUAUUAUCUGAAUUUGGCUACUCAUCAUCAACAAAAAAAUCCUGUCAAACCAAAUAAUAAAAUAAUAAAUGAUUCCAAUUGAAAAGAUGUCGAUCGAUGUCACUUAUCAACUUCCCAUGCAGUCACAGUCAAAUCAAACUGUUGAAUUGAUUCCACAUGUUGGAUUUUCUCUUUUUUGAUUAACCAGAUUGGAAUGAUUAAUGAAGCUCUGUUUGAUUGCUCUCUUUUAUAUUUAUUUAACUCACAUUUGGUUACAUUGAAGCAACCUAGAGAAAUUGUCUUUACUUGACUUCAAACUUUUCUAUUUCAUGUAAAUAGAUUGAUUAACUUUUGCGAUACUAAAUUUAAUCUCUUAUCUGUCCACUUUCAACCUAAAUACUGCCAAAUCUAAUUACUAUGUUAGAUCAAUGAUCUGACAAUUCUAACAUCAAUUCUUAAUUUUGCUCCUCAUUUUAAAUUUCGUUUGUCUGUUGACUACUUUUUGUGACUUCUGUUAAACAUAAAUUGAUGGCCGUUCAGAUCUAA